CCUAAUGACAAUUGACAUUUUAAAAUUUAAUAAUAAAAGCCAUUGAUAAAAGCUGCUCAAUAAAUCAUCAUAAUUCAAAGUAUUCCAUCUAAUGUUUUUCUUAAAAAUAAGUAAUGCAAAUAAUAAAAUAAUGCUAGUUAAUUGUAAAAAACAAAAAUAAUUAAUUGUAAAAUAGAUUUUUGAAAAUAAUAAAAUGCAAGUGGAUGCAUGCUUGGUGUCAGUGCGGUUGUGUUUUGAAGUUUUAUCACACAAUUAUCUUAUAAGCAAUGUUUGUAUACCUAUCGAAUUAACAAGUAAAUAGCGCGAACACAUUAAACAUGCCAGUAAGUUUGUGUAGAAUAUGCCUUGAGGAGGGAGCUAAACUUCCUCUGUUUGAAAACACUGUUGACGAAAAUAGUUUACUGUCAAAACUGAAACUAUGUUUACAAGAAAAGAUUGAAGACAUUGAUGGCUAUCCACGAAAUAUAUGCAAGAGGUGUAAUGUAACUGUGGAUCAAACAUGUGAUUUUAUUAAAAAGUAUAAGGAAUCAUGCCGUAUUUUACAAGAUAAUUUACAAGUGAAAAUAGAACAAAUAGAUUUAAGUGAUGAUAGUUGUUACGAUAAUGGAUUUGCAAUUGAAAUAGAUACGAAUUUAAAAAAAGAAAGCAGCGAUGAUGAAUUUCUUAGCAAUAUAAAAGAUUUUAAUAGAAUCAAACUAGAAGCAGAUACUAAUAAAAAGAAAAAUGUUGCAAUCAAAUCUGAAAAACCAAAACGAAAGUCUUUAAAAACGGCAAAAUGUACAAAUAAAAUAGCAUCUUCUAUAUUAGAAGGUGAUUUCUUUUGGAUUGGUGACACAUGGUGUAUUAAACCUAAAAAUACCAAAACUAUUAAAAAGGAAACACCCGUGAAAUCAGUGGAGAAACCAAAACGAGUUCAUAUAAAAUUACCAAAGGUGAAAAAACCUGAUCCACCCAAAUUAUGUGAUCUUUGUGGAGAUAUAUUUAAGUCACAAGAAAUAUUAUGUAGGCAUAAGAAAAAGGUCCAUUUUAAGGAUCCAAGAAAAUGUCCCCAAUGUCCCCGCACAUUGAGUUCUGAAUAUUACUUAAAUAGACAUUUGCGACGGCGACAUCAAACUGAGAGGCAGUUUAUAUGUGCAGUAUGUGGAAAAGCAUUUGCAUUUAAGGGAGAACUGGCCAGUCAUCAUAGAAAUGUUCACAAUAAACAUUUAUUACCCAAAAAGAAAUAUGCCUGUAAAAUAUGCAAUAAAGAAUAUAAAUGUGCAAAAUCAGUUAUAGUUCAUGAGAGAUCAGUACAUACAGGUUCUAGACCAGCAGUAUGUUCAGUUUGCGAUAGUAGUUUCUACCAUGAGGACUAUUUAAAAGAACACAUGCGACUGCAUACUGGUGAAACACCAUUCAAAUGUCCUAUAUGUGGACGAGGAUACGCACAAAGGGGAAAUAUGAAAAGCCACCUUAGAAUACAUAGAAUAUCAGAAUUAGAUGCAAAUACUCUAAGUAAAAUAAGACCCAAUUAUUUAAAACUUUUGAAGCCCUAAUUUAGUUAUAUUUUUGUAAAUUUGAAUUAGCUAUAUGUUAUUUUGUGUGUUGAAUUGUUGACCACUCUACCAUUGUUACAUUUAUUAUUAAAAAAAUUAUUCUAUUGUGUAGAUGAUAAACAAAAAGUAAGAUAGGUACCUUGGUUCUUGUUUAAUGAGUUUGUAGUUAGUGCAAUAUGCUCAGUUUAAUUAUAGAAUAUUUUUAUUUUAGUGAAAAAGUUAAUUUAAUUAAGUUGAUAGUAUCUAUUAUUAAGUUUAAUAUUUUUGCAAAGAUAAUAAUGUAACUAUUAAGCAAUAAUUUUCUUGGAAUAAAUUUGAAUAAACGUUGUUGGAAAAUAAAAA